CCCAGCGACCCCCGGGCGGAACGCCGGGCAUCCCGGAGCGGAGAGCGGCCGGCGCUGAGCUCAGGCUGCCCGGGUCGCCGCUUCCCCGAGCAUCCCAUCUCCCCGCUGCCUCCAAUACCCGCGUCUCCUCGGUACCCCGACCGUCCCAUCUCCCCUCUGCCCCUGGUACCCACAUCUCCGGUUCCCUGAGCAUCCCAUCCCUUCGGUCCCCUCGAUACCCGCAUCUCCCCAGUUCCCUCAGCAUCCCAUUUCCCUGCUAACCCUGCUACUCGUAGCUCCUUGUUCCCUGGGCAUCCCACCUUCCCGUUACUCACAUCUCCCGGUUCCUUGAGCAUCCCGUUUCUCUGCUAGCCUCAAUACUCGCAUCUCUCAGUUCCCUGAGCAUCCUAUCUCCCCCCUACCUCCUCUGGUAUCUGCAUCUCCUGGUUCCCUGAGCAUCCCACCUCCCCGUUACCCACAGCUUCCAGUUCCCUGAGUAUUCCAUCUCUCCACUACCCUCGAUACCCGCAUCACUCCAGUGCUCUGAGCAUCUUCUCUCCCCCCUGUCUCCAGUUCCUCGGGCAUCCUACCCCCCAAACACCCCAACACCUUCAUUUCCUCCAUUCUCUGAACAUCCCAUCUCCCCCCCGGUACCCACAUUUCCCAGCACCUCACACCCCGCAGCCAUGGCGUUCAUGGUGAAGAGCAUGGUUGGGGGGCAGCUGAAGAACCUGACGGGUGGCUUGGGAGGCGAGGAGAAGAGCGAGGGUGAGAAGUCCCCAGCAGAGGCUCAAGGCAUGACCCGGGAGGAGUAUGAGGAGUAUCAGCGGCAGCUGGUGGAGGAGAAGAUGGAGCGAGACGCUCAGUUUGCCCAGCGCAAGGCAGAGAGGGCCACGGUCAGAUCCCACUUCCGAGACAAGUAUCGGCUCCCCAAGAACGAAACGGACGACAACCAGAUCCAGCUGGUGGGAGGCGACGUGGAGCUGCCCAAGGAGCUGGCCAAGAUGAUCGAGCAGGACAACGAGGAGGAGGAAGAGAAGAACUCCGUCAUUGGUCAGCUCAGCAACAUCCAGAACCUGGACCUUGACUCCUUGAAGGACAAAGCCUCGGCCACGCUAGAGGACCUGAAGCAAUCAGCCGAGAAAUGCGCCGUGAUGUGACCCAAUCGCCGCGAUGCCCUCAGCCUUGCAGUGGUGGGGACCCACCGACGUCCGUGUGAGCCGGGUCCUCCUUCUGAGCCGUGUUAAGCCCUGACCCAGAUGUCCCCGCUCCGUCCGUGCCGGUAUCCCCGUGCGUGGUUUUGUUGUUGGGUUGCGGUCCGGUCUGAGGUUAGAGCAAAGGGAUGGCUUGGAGUCCCUAUCUCCCGGGCUGGGAUCGGCUCCGUGCGGGAGAAGGGGCAGAAGGUGACCCCGUAAGGGAAAACGCUUCCUUCUCUGUCGUGAUGUGGUCGUGUGCUGUGCUCAGUCGAGUGUUACACCUCCUAUGCUGUCCCCGUGCCACGGCACCGUUAUCGCCGCUGGAAUAAAUACCAGGAGAUGUCUA